GAGAGAGAAAAGAAAGAGGAGGAAGAGAAAUAUCUGCAACCAAGCGGACUAAAGCAAAGAAAAAGAGUGCUUGCUUGCACAGCUGCAAAGUGGGAAUUUAAAGAACUGCAGAGAGAGAAAUUCCAGCUCAUCAGCACAUACACAUUGCAGAAUUACAGAUCCAGGUAGAAAUGACAUCAACAGGGAAAGAAGGCAGCGGAGCUCAACAUGCACAAUAUGUUGGACCCUAUCGCUUGGAGAAAACCCUAGGAAAAGGACAGACAGGGCUUGUGAAGUUGGGGGUUCACUGUGUCACGUGUCAGAAGGUCGCGAUAAAAAUUGUCAACAGAGAGAAGCUCAGCGAGUCGGUGCUAAUGAAGGUGGAGCGGGAAAUAGCCAUCCUGAAGUUGAUAGAACAUCCCCACGUUUUAAAGCUGCAUGAUGUUUACGAAAAUAAAAAAUAUUUGUAUUUGGUGCUAGAACAUGUGUCAGGUGGGGAGCUCUUCGACUAUCUCGUAAAAAAGGGAAGAUUGACACCAAAAGAAGCCAGGAAGUUCUUCCGACAAAUCAUCUCUGCUUUAGAUUUCUGCCAUAGUCAUUCAAUAUGCCACAGGGACUUAAAACCAGAAAACCUACUGCUGGAUGAAAAGAACAACAUCCGGAUAGCAGACUUUGGGAUGGCAUCACUGCAGGUUGGGGACAGCUUACUAGAAACCAGUUGUGGAUCACCACAUUAUGCUUGCCCUGAAGUCAUCCGGGGAGAAAAAUAUGAUGGAAGGAAAGCAGACGUCUGGAGCUGCGGAGUCAUUUUAUUUGCGUUGCUAGUGGGUGCCCUGCCUUUUGAUGACGACAACUUGCGGCAACUAUUGGAGAAGGUGAAGCGUGGAGUGUUCCACAUGCCACAUUUCAUCCCCCCAGACUGUCAGAACCUUUUGCGGGGGAUGAUUGAAGUGGAUGCCUCGAAACGUCUCACGCUAGAACAUAUUCAAAAACACAUAUGGUAUAUAGGGGGUAAGAACGAGCCAGAACCAGAGCAACCAAUCCCUCGAAAGGUGCAGAUUCGUUCACUCCCUUCCUUGGAGGAUAUUGAUCCAGAUGUGUUAGAUAGCAUGCACUCAUUAGGCUGCUUCCGUGACCGAAAUAAACUCUUACAGGACUUGUUGUCAGAAGAAGAAAACCAAGAGAAAAUGAUUUAUUUUCUUCUGCUUGACCGUAAGGAGAGGUAUCCUAGUCAUGAAGAUGAGGAUCUUCCCCCUAGAAAUGAAAUAGAUCCCCCCCGGAAGCGUGUGGACUCACCAAUGCUGAACCGGCAUGGCAAGCGGCGGCCUGAGCGCAAGUCCAUGGAGGUUCUCAGCGUGACAGACGGCGGCUCCCCAGUCCCUGCUCGCAGAGCUAUUGAAAUGGCACAACAUGGACAGAGGUCUCGGUCAAUCAGCGGAGCAUCAUCUGGGCUCUCCACCAGUCCUCUCAGCAGUCCAAGGGUCACCCCUCACCCCUCUCCAAGGGGAAGUCCCCUCCCUACCCCCAAGGGGACACCUGUCCAUACGCCAAAGGAGAGCCCAGCAGGCACACCCAACCCAACACCACCAUCCAGCCCCAGCAUUGGAGGAAUGCCAUGGAGGACACGGCUCAACUCAAUCAAGAAUAGUUUCCUGGGGUCUCCUCGCUUCCAUCGCCGGAAAUUGCAAGUACCUACACCAGAGGAGAUGUCUAAUUUAACCCCAGAAUCAUCCCCAGAGCUUGCCAAAAAAUCCUGGUUUGGUAACUUCAUCAACUUGGAGAAAGAAGAACAGAUUUUUGUGGUCAUUAAGGACAAACCACUAAGCUCCAUUAAGGCUGAUAUUGUCCACGCUUUCCUCUCGAUUCCAAGCCUCAGUCACAGUGUCAUCUCACAGACAAGUUUCCGUGCAGAAUAUAAAUCCACAGGAGGUCCUGCUGUCUUCCAGAAGCCAGUGAAGUUCCAGGUGGACAUAACAUACACAGAAGGGGGAGAGGCUCAGAAGGAGAAUGGGAUCUAUUCUGUCACUUUCACACUCUUAUCAGGUCCAAGCCGUCGUUUUAAGAGGGUAGUAGAAACCAUUCAGGCACAGUUGUUAAGCACACAUGACCAGCCUUCAGUGCAGCAGUUAUCAGACACCACUAACUGUAUGGAGUUGAUGACUGGCAGACUUUCCAAAUGUGGCAGCCCAUUGAGUAACUUCUUUGACGUAAUUAAACAACUUUUUUCAGACGAGAAGAACGGGCAGGUGAGCCACCCCCCCGGCACGCCAACCAAGCAUAGCGCAAACAGCAAGCGGAGCGAUUCCGGUUCUAAUGACUAUGGGUCUAGAGGAGACAAUAAGUACCCUGCUGGCAAAGACAAGGCAAAGAUGGUCUCAUCAGUCGGCCUACAAGACCAACCUUAAAUAAACACAUAAAAAUUUAAAUAACUUAGAAAACA